AAGUCCUCAAGCUGUGCAAACGGGCGCAACGUUUCCCCUUUUAAGGCCCACUUAAGAUUCUUCCAACAAUCCCACAAAGUAUCAAGAUUUAUAUAUUAGAGACAUGGGCAAAUUAACAAGAGCAUACCUAACACCCGUUAGCAAAUUCAUACCCAAGUUUUUAGGGAUCCUUCUAAUGGAGGAAAAUGGUACAGAAACAAAGAAGCUACUGAAGAGGGUACAGGAGUUGGAAGAUACUGUGCGGAGUCUGCAAGAAAAACUCCUAGAGAGGAAGGAGACCACAGGCCCAGAAAGAGGCCCCCCUACAACUGGAAAAACUAAGAAACACCAGCAGCGGCCCUUUGAUUUUAGUGCUUAUGGACAGAGACAUGUAGCUCUGAAGAUAGCCUACCUAGGCUGGGAAUACCAGGGUUUUGCCAGCCAAGAGAAUACCAAUAAUACUAUUGAAGAGAAGCUAUUUGAGUGUCUAAACAAAACCCGACUGGUGGAGAGUAGGCAGACUUCUAAUUAUCAUCGCUGUGGCCGCACAGACAAAGGAGUUAGUGCCUUUGGACAGGUGAUCUCCCUGGAUCUCCGCUCAAACUUUAGAGAGAAGACAAUAGAUGAACCUGGGAUUAUCCCAAAAGACAACACUAGUAAUGCAUCUGAGGAGAUCCGCUACACCCAUAUUCUAAAUCGGGUGCUCCCUCCUGACAUAAGAGUACUGGCUUGGGCCCCAGUAGAUCCCAACUUCAGUGCUAGAUUUAAUUGCCUAAAGAGGACUUAUCGCUAUUUUUUUCCUUGUGGUGAUCUGAAUGUAGCUCUCAUGAAUACUGCAGCAAAGAGAUUUGUGGGAACCCAUGAUUUUCGUAAUCUAUGCAAAAUGGAUGUAGCCAAUGGGGUAACCAACUUCCAAAGGACAAUUCUUACUGCAGAAGUGCAGCCUGCAGAUAAAGGACAGACAACAGAACAAGACCCUUUCCAAAUGUACCAGUUUGAAGUGACAGGCCAGGCGUUCCUCUAUCAUCAAGUCCGCUGUAUGAUGGCUAUCCUCUUCCUGAUUGGACAAAGGAUGGAGAAACCAGAAAUCAUUGAUGAGUUGCUAGAUAUAGAGAACAACCCUAGAAAACCACAAUACAGUAUGGCAGUGGAGUUUCCUCUGGUCCUCUACAACUGCGAGUUUGAAAACAUACAGUGGAUCUAUGACCGUGAAGUCCAGGAAUUUAAUGUUACUCAUUUACAACAGCUUUGGGCUAACCAUGCUGUUAAAACUCAUAUGCUGUAUAGCAUGUUACAAGGGCUAGAUUUUGCUGAAAUACCUAUGGAAACAGGUUUGACCAAUGACUGUACAGUUCUGUGGAAGGAGAUGAAGCCUCCAGUCCACAAUCAAAUCAGUGCUUUGAUCGAGGGAGUGAAAGCUCGCAACUACAAGCCAUUAAUGGAUCGCCCCAAAUGUGAAGGCUUGGAGUCUCGCAUCAAUCACUUUGUGCGUAGAGGACGCAUUGAACUUCCACACUGCAAGAAAACAAAGCACACUGAAACAAAAGCAAAUGAACAGGCAGAAAUUAAGAACAGGUUCCAGGAUACUGCUGAGAAAGACGAUGAAGGUUUAGGAAAAGCUGCAAAGAGGGUUUGUAUUAGUACAGACUGAAGUUUCCAUUCUGGAACUAUCUCUUUAUAUACAUAUAUAGAUACAACACUCUUCUUUUGUGGAGUGGAGCUACUCCUCCAACACUGAGAUGUUAAUGAUUUUCUACUUCAAGAAAUAAACUUUUUAUGUUUCUUCAAGGUAUUUAAGAAAGAUUAGGGACUUGCCACACUGGCUCUGCAGUUUCCUUCAACAUAUGCAGUAGUAGAAAAUAAAUAUUAUGCAUUAUA